CCACGAGCUGCGGCUGGAGGCGGCGCUGGCGGCGCUGCAGGAGCAGCUGUGGCGUUCCCUGGAUGCAGCUGUCAGACUUCUCGUGUUCGCAGAAAACCCUGGCGGUCCCUGGGAAGCUUGUCGAGGUGCAGGUGGCCGGCGGUGGCCGAGAGCCUCAGAACCUUCUAAGGAGCCAGGAUGUCAGCCGGAAAACCCACCUGGGCCAGCUGGACCGGCAGAUCAGCGAGCUGCAGCUGGGCGUGCGCAGGCCCUGCGGCGAGGCGGCCGACGGAGACAGCAGGCCCAGCUCAGGCUUCUACGAGCUGAGCGACGGCGGGUCCUGCUCCCUGUCCGCCUCCUGCACGUCCGUGUGCAGUGACCGCAUGUACUCCUCACUGGGCACUUUGCUGCCGGCCGACCCCGCGGCCCGGCCCCGGUCAGCCGACGACACCGCGGUGCACGGAGCCCAGCUGCCCACGUGGAGACCCCAGGCCGCCGAGGAGGGCGAGUCCCGGCCCAGGCCGGUGUCCACAGGUGAUCUCGAAAGAGCCCUGCUGCCGUCGGUGGCGCUCCAGAAAGCCAGCACAGACCCCACGCCCACGCCGCUUCUCUGCCCCGGGAUGGACCUGCCAGCUCACGCGCCGGACCCCAAGUACCAGCGCGACCUGGUGUCCACGGGCGGCAGGGAGGUGUACCCGUACCCCAGCCCCCUGCACGCGGUGGCUCUGCAGAGCCCGCUCUUCGCCCUGCCCAGGGACGCCCUGCACGCCGAGGCCCAGCCGCCCCCUCGGAGGCCCCCUCCCGGCCCCAGGGGCCCCUCGAUCCCGACACCACCUGUCCUGGAGGCCGGCCCCGCUGCAGCCUACAUAGACAGGCUACUGCGGCUGCGGGGCCACGGGACCCCCACGAGGAGGCGUGAGGGUGAGCAGGGGUCCCCAAGACGUGAGGAGCCCCCGUGCCCCCAGGCAGUUGGUGUCCAGAGAGCGGACAGUCCCGGUGGCCGCACCCCGGGGAGAGCAGGAGCCGGUGCGCCGGCCCAGAGGGGGGACGCCAGCAGGGACAGCCUCAGGCAGCAGGGUGUGGGCACCCCGCGCCCCAGCAGGCUUCUGGGGGGGGGACCCAAACCCGCCAGCGGCUGCGUCCGUGGGGACACCAUGCUGGGCCCCCCUCAGCCGAGGUGUGGGCGCACUCUGUCUCCCCGGGCCCAGGCGGCCGUCAACAGUCAGGGGGGUGCGGUCCUGUCACCUGCCAGGAAGGCAGGAGGGGAGAGCCCCGUUCUGGCUCCCAGGGUCUGUGCCCGCCCCCCAUUUGAUGCCAGCGGAGCUGCUCUCCUGGGGCUAAAACCGGGCCCCCCCAGGACAAAGGCUGUGAAGGUCAGGAGAGGGGCCAGUGACAAGGCGCUGAGGUUUGGGGCAGAGCUGCCAGCGGGGUGUCCCCUCACAGCCCCCGAGCUGUCCCCCGAGUGGGGGGACGGUCGCAGGAGGAGGCCCACGCUGGCCGGGGUGGCGCCCAGCCGGUCCUGCUCUGAGCCCAGACUCUACCCCGUGCCCUUCCUGGUGCCCCUGCUCGUGGCCCGAAGGGUGGGCCGCGGGGGCCCCUCGCAGGCCAGCGGGGAGGCACGGAAGAAACAGCGCAGGUGGCUGUCCUCUGUGGAGGUCUCAGGCGGCCCGGGACCCCCCAGGCCUGCCGGGAGCGGAGGGGGAGGGCCACCCCGGCCCAGGCCACGCCCCCCGGCCCCCCGCACUGGGAGCGAGUCCGAGGGCUCAGAGCGCUCAGCGCAGUGCGCCUCCCUGUGCCCCUCCACUGUCGCCGAGACCAGUGAGGACGGGGCCAGUGACCACACCGCCAGCCGCUUCGGGGACAAGGAGUCCAGCAGCAGUGACUCGGAGGGUGGGGCCUGGCCUGGGGCGCGGCCCCCGCAGCCCCUGCGGGCCCCAGGUUCUCGCAGGCCGCCCCUGCCCCCUGUCCCCAAAGUGUGCCGCAUCAAGGCCUCCAAGGCCCUGAAGAGAAAGAUCCGGAGGUUCCAGCCGGCGGCACUGAGGGUCAUGACCAUGGUGUGAGGCGCAGGAGAGGCCAGACCAGGAGCCCGUGCAAGGGAGGACGUCCUCCCGAGGAACCGCGAUGACAGCCGUGACCUCACCAGCAGGUGCACGGUGGGCCAGAACUUUGGAGAAACCAUAAGAAAACCAGCCAAAGUGUUUGUAGACUUAGGGACAUUCCUGUAACAGGCGGCUAGUUUCAGGAUGCAGUUUUAAGAGAUAAACAUUAAAAAAAGUGAUUGACAUUUUA